AUGCUCGGCUUCCUGGCCAGCGAGGGCAUCGACGAGUACGCCAUGCAGGCCGUCGGCUUCACGCCCACCAUGCUGGCCCUCGACGGCCUGACUGCCCACGGCGCCCGCGUGCGCAUCGAGGGCGACUUCUCCAUGGACGCGUCGCGCGUCAAGAAGCAGGGCGUGCGCAACAUGGGCCGCCUGGGCACCUGGUUCGCCCGAGAGGCUGAGACGGGCCCGGUCGAGGCCGACGUCUACCUGCCCGACUACGGCGACGUGCUGGUCGGCACCGCCAGCAUUCCCGGCGUCAGGGUCGACAUCAGGAACGGCCACACCACGCACAUCUCCCUGGUGGCCACUGUCGCGCCCGGCUCCAGCGAGGGCAUCCGCAGUGUCGCGCACGACUACCUCGAUGGCCGCCUGAAGCAGAUCCGCGUCCGCGGCAAGGCCAGUGUGCCGAUCCGCUCUGGCAUAAUCAACCUCGGCAGGCAGACUGUCGAGCACGCACUCGUCUUGCACAGCGGCGACGUCCCGGGCCUGCCCAAGUACAACGUGACGCGGCUGACCCUCCGAGAAGCCGGCCACGGACGCACGGGCCUGGGCGCCUCCGCCUCCAUCCUCGUCGAGAACAGCUUCCCUCCCGUGUCGGUCAACGUCCCUCCCGUAGCGGUGGAUGUCCUGAUCGGCGGCUGCGCGCCCUCGGACAGCCACCUCAAGGUCGGCACUGCCGAGACGCCCGAGCUGCACGUCCGGCCGCAGACCGACGUCAGCGUCAACGUCACCGGCCACGUCGAGAAGAUGGCCGACCCGCUGACCCAAGUCUGCCCCGACUCGGCAAAGUCGCCUCUCGACGCCUUCAUCGGUGACUACAUGAGCGGCGACGACGCCACCGUCUACAUCAACUGCUGCAGGUUCCCGGACCCCGCCACCCCCGACUGGGCCCGCCAUGUCCUCCGGGACAUGACGGUGGCCGUGCCUUUUGGCGGAAGGGAGAUGGGCAGCCUGGUCAAGAACUUCUCCAUGGCCAACAUGCACUUCUCUCUGCCCAGUCCCUGGGCGGAGCCGGGCACGCCAGAGGCCAACCCCUCCAUCUCAGCGACGGUCAAGGUCGACAUUGGGCUGCCAAGCGAGAUGAAGUUCCCCCUGGACGUCAACCAGAUCAAGGCCGAUGCCGACAUCUUCUACAAGGAGAAGCUGCUCGGCAAGAUGAAGCUGGACAAGUGGCAGCGCGCCAACUCGACCAGGAUCGAAGCCCACGGCGGCGGCGGUCCCUCGCUGCUGGUGCAGUCUGAGAUUGAAAAGGCGCCAAUCGAGAUCCAGGACGACGACUUGUUCAGCGAGGUCGUGCAGGCCCUCAUCUUCGGCGGGAAGCCAAUCAACAUGGACAUGAAGGCCGCUGUUGACGUUGGCCUCGACACCCCCAUGGGCAAGCUUGCGGUCCGGGGCAUCCCCGCCCACGGUACCGUGCCUGUCAAACACGGCGGCGGCGGGGCCCCGUCCAUGAUGGACCGCCUGCACCUAAAGGUUGGCGACAUGGCCAUUGUGGGUACUUCGCCCACCUCCAUCACCCUCCAGAUCAAGUCCAACUUCACCAAUCCCACAAACUACACCGCAACUGUCCCCUACUUGAACAUCAACGUCCUCGUAAACGGGACCCUCGUCGGCUCGGCCACGGUCGAGAACAGCACCGUCCGCCCCGGCAACAACUCGGGCACCCUCGUCACCGUGCUCUGGGACCCGUACGGCUGCGGCGGCGCAGACGGCAAGGCCGUCGGCGCAGAGUGGCUCUCGCAGUUCAUCUCAGGCUUCAACGUCUCGCUCACAAUGCAGGCCCACAACGGCACCAUCCCCACCCAGCCCGCGCUCGGCCACCUGCUCAGCCGAUUCCCCAUCACCGUCCCCGCACCGCACAUGUCGGCCGGCGACCCGUCCGACGACCCGUCCGACGACCCCGCCGCGCCGCCCUCGGACGGAAAGCAGCACUUUAUCCGCUCCGCCACAAUGCACAUACUCUCCUCCACCGCGCUCUUCACGCUCUUCUCCCCCUUUAGAUCAACGACAAUGUACCUCACCUCCCUGAACGCAACGGCCUUUUACGACGGCCACGAGGCCGGCAAGAUCCUGUACGGCCUGCCGUUUGCCGUGCCGCCGGGCCUGUCGGAGAGCCCGCGGCUCCCUGUCGACUGGAGCUUUGGCAGUCUGGGGUACGAGGCUAUCCGCAAGGCCCUCGGCGGACAGCUGAAGCUCAGUGCGUUUGCGAUUGUGGGCGUGCGGAUUGGGGAGUGGCGCGAGACGAUUUGGUACAAGGGUGGCAAGAUUGGCGCCAAUGUCAGGCUGUGA